UGUGUUCCUAAAAUGACAGGGUUUGAUACAAUUUUCGCCGUUAGUUGGUACUUAUUACUUACGUUAGAAGCAAUUUCGUGCACGGAUACUCCACCAGUGGAAACAACUCUUGGAAAGAUUGUUGGAGAAAGAGUUGAUGCAGAUACUGGUAAUGUUUCAGGCAUAGUGGACCGCUUUCGUGGGAUACCAUACGUGAAACCACCUGUGGGACGACUUAGGUUCGCCAAUCCCGAGCCACAUUCCGGCUGGGGGGAUACAGUGAGAGAGGCCAAACAAUUCGGUCCACACUGUCCUCAGCCCGACAGCAGGCUUCUACCGUACGUUCAUCUGGGUCAGACAAUCACCGACAUCAGACGGGACGAAGAUUGCCUGUUUUUGAACGUGUACGUGCCACGCGGUGUGGACGUUUUAAGGAAGACUAAUGCGUCUCUCGCCAUCAUCAUAUUCAUCCACGGAGGCAGAUUUUCAGCGGGAUCUUCUGCCACGUACAAUGGGGAUAUCCUCGCACUCGAGGGUGACGUUAUUGUGGUCAGUUUUAACUACAGGCUGGGGUUUCUGGGCUUCUUCAGUACGGGGACUGACGAGGCAAAAGGCAACUACGGUCUCCACGACCAGCACUGGGCUAUUAAAUGGGUACGGGAGAAUGCUGAGGCAUUUGGCGGAGACCCCAAUCGCAUAACUCUAAUCGGAGGCUCGGCAGGAGGAGCGUCGGUGGAUUUCCAGUUGGUUUCUCCCCUGAAUCGAGGUUUGGUGCAGGGAGGGAUAUCAGCAAGUGGGUCAUCGUUGGUCUCUUGGAGUCUAGCAGAAUCUAUGAAUAUCAGUAUAGAGUAUGCAAAAAGAGUGGGAUGUGGAAUGGCGAAUCCGAGGGCAAGGCUUCGCUGCCUUCGCGGUAAGAAUGUGAACGAUUUGGUGAAUAUUCCGGAACAAGGAAUUCGGGAAUCGACAAAUUGGCGACCAGUCAUAGACGGGAUAUUCCUCCCAAAGCAUCCACGAGAUCUCUUGAGAGAAAACGUGACAUCCGGGCUACGAUACAUGGUGGGCUCCACCUCCCAUGACGGAAGCAUCUACUCCCUUCCCUUUGCGGGAAAUCCCCCCACAGUCGCUACACAACGGUCCCUGCUUCAAGCCUAUUCUACGCUAGCGUUUGACUUUAGCACGGAAAGCGCGCCGAAUGCCGUGGCCAGGGCGUCGCUUCACGAGUACGGUCUAAUGGCAGACCCCAUGGAUCCAGCAGCGCUCCUUAUCCGGGCGACACAGCUGACCACGGACCUUCUCUUCGGCAUGCCGGCAGAGGAGUCGGCGAGACUGAACGAGGCGGGAGGUGCCACGACGUACAAAUACAUGCUUUCAGUUCGUCUUGGCUACCCGUCUUCUUACUUUCCGAAGGUGCCCUUUGUACGUGCCGAACAUUUUGAUUCUGCUGUUCUUUAUUAUGGAGUGUUUGAGGAACACCCAGGAGUGUACAAUUUGACGGCGCAGGAGUUGGAGCUUUCUAGGGCUGUCAGGAGAUAUAUUGCUAACUUUGCAAAGAACGGUGACCCAAAUGUUGGUGACCCGGUCAGCGUCCAGUGGCCGGAAUACACAGCGUCUUCCAGACAAUUCAUCAACCUGGACACGCCCAUCACCGUCGAAACAUUCGACAGGGAGCGCCAGUAUCUGUUUGCGACCGAGGUUUUCCCAGCGAUAGUAAAAGUCGGCAAAGAUGCCGAUUUGGCAGCGGCAGCACGUGUUUUAAAGUUUCAACCAUGCUUCGGUGGAGGUACGAGAAAGUACCAAACCCCUCGGUUCCUGAGACGACAGUAUUUCAAGCGGCUUAUGAGACAUGCCUAGAUGCUUCAAUGGAUAUUUCUGAAUUUUAAGUUUUAGUUUCAAUUUUAAUGUACCAUGCUUAGAACGGAUAUGAAUAUGGAUUGGUAUGACGCCUAGAAAUGCAUGUCAACAUUUUUUUUUUCAAAAUCCGAAGGCUCAGUCGUCGUUAUGUAAAGGAAA